AUGUCUCAGUUCACCACAUCGAGCGCUUCCUCUGGCUCGCAUCAUGUCAUGACAACCACCGCCAACAACAGCAACAACAACAACAACAGUCGUUACAUGAAUGCCGACAUUACUUCUAGCACCUUGUCUAUGAACUCGGGCUUACACCGUGAUGAUGACAGCACCGUCUCUGAGCUACCCGAAUCACCAACCCUUCCUCCCGAAAUGCAGCGUGGAGACGACGUUGCCGCUAUUCCGAGAACGAGUACCGAUUAUCCCAGGAGUCCAACUCAAGAGUCAAACCUUUUACGCUCCUAUGCUUCCAUGCCAGCAGAGCAGCUUUCUCCAUCAGCGUCAUAUCCCCACAUGCAAACGACAAGUCCACCACCCAUUAGCCAACCAUUAGAGCGUACACGAUCAGCACAAACAGUACCAUCAAGACCAAAGCAACAACAUGUACGCCAUGUAUCGUCACAUAACAACUUGCAACCUCGACGUUCGAAACGUGCAAUGCCUGAUCACAUGGCAGCCGCUUUGGAAUUAUCCGCUAGUCCAAGUGUACCCCCAGCACCUGCUGCAGGAAUGUAUUGGUCUCGUUCAGUGACCUAUGGACGUGGUCCAUCAAGACCAUUGCGAGCGCAUACGAUCAAUCUCAUUGGCGAACAAUUGUUUGUGUUUGGUGGUUGCGACAUCAAGACAUGCUUCAAUGCACUCUACGUCUUGGAUAUGGAUACAAUGACAUGGUCAAAACCUCGAACAUUGGGACAACCUCCUCCACCUUGUCGUGCACAUUCCAGCACACUCGUUGAACGAGACUUGGGAUCCGGCAAACGAGCACAUUAUCUUUACAUCUUCGGUGGUGGUGAUGGACCAAAUUACUUUAAUGACCUCUACGUACUCAAUGCAGAUACUCUUGUAUGGAGUAAACCUGCUACAGAAGGCAUCCCACCAUCGCCACGUCGAGCACACACAACAUGUCUAUGGAACGACAAAAUCGUAGUUAUGGGAGGUGGUGAUGGUGCAAGAGCUUUGUCAGAUGUCCAUAUCCUUGAUAUCUCUGAUCCUUCACGUCCUCGAUGGUCACAACUUUCUACAUCUGGUGUUCCUCCUAUUGCCCGUGGUUACCAUACAAGCAACCUCGUCAAGGACAAAUUGAUUGUAUUUGGUGGUAGUGAUGGUCAUGAAUGCUUCAGUGAUGUGCACGUAUUAGACCUUGUUACCAAUCGAUGGACGCAAGUGGAGUUGGAUCGCAUUGUCCCACGUCUUGCACAUUCAGCUACCCAAGUUGGAUCUUAUGUGUUUGUGAUUGGAGGUCAUGAUGGGUCUCGGUACUCAAACGAGGUAUUGCUAUUGAAUUUAGUGACCAUGAGUUGGGAAUCACGAAGGAUCUAUGGUGGAGCUCCUAGUCCAAGAGGUUAUCAUGCAGCUGUGCUGCACGAUUCACGAUUGUAUGUCCUUGGAGGAUAUGAUGGCAAAACAGUAUUCGACGACGUGUACAUGCUGGAAUUAAGCGCCUGUGCAUACCUGCCUCAGAUCACCAACUUUGAAAUUGAUCUAUAA